CAUCGGAUCAGUUCCCAUCUUUUUAGAAGCAGUCUUAAAACGGUUUGACUGCAGUGUAAUAUCAGCUUAUCGUCGCAUAACUACAAUUAUCGAAUGCAUCUCCAAGAAUAAUUAGAAACCAUUCGUUGCCUUGUGGUGUAAAGUGGUAGCCGCAUCCAUAACUACCCUCCAGUACUCUGUAAGUAGAUAGAAAUCAUGCGACGAAGUUCAAGUGCCAAUAUUAUAACAGGCUCUUGAUACAUCCUUGGAAGUUAUUAUGAACUUGCUAUGUUACAUACUUUUAUCAUCAGUCUCUUGGUUACCUACCUAGGUAGGUACCUAGAACCUGUCCAGGUAUUGAAAUCCCCUGACCCCUAGAAGACGAUAUUUUACCCCUAAUCGAUAGCGAUAAUGGCGCCUAUGAGCGAAAACCCGGAUAUCUCUACAGGGGGCAACCUUGAUGGGCCAGCAAUCCAGCCUCCUACAGGCAUCACGCCUAACUUCGACAACCCACCUAAUAAGAACAACCUUGUUCGAGUUGUUCUUAUAUUAUUCAUUGUUAUAACUUCAGUUUCUGUUCUUAUCCGGAUGUAUUCGAGAAUCAUGCUUAAGAAAGUCAAGAUAACUGAUAUUCUGGGGCUGGCAGCAUUUGUUAUCUAUAUUGCAUUCAUAUAUCUUUACUUUAAGCUCUUGAAUUCAUAUGGCUGGUUCGUCCACAUGUGGGAUUUGCGCCUCAGGGACUUUCCUGAAGUCAAUCAGAUGUACUUCCAAGGGAUUAUGAUAUACUUCGGUAUCAUUAUACUUAUCAGGUCGGCGAUUAUGUUGGAGUGGAUCGCUAUAUUUGCUCCUCAAAGAACCCGAGGUUUCUUUUUUUGGUCAAGCUCCUUCGUGUUGGUGAUUCACAACCUCAUAUAUAUUGCAAUGAUUAUCACUGAACUUGCGGGUUGUUCGCCAUUCGAAAAGAACUGGAACCUUUUGAUUCCAGGUAAAUGCAUUGAUACAAUCGCCAUAGCUAUCAUUAAUUCGGCUGUCAACCUCGCGUUUGAUCUGAUCAUCUUCUUUCUUCCUCAGAAGGUCAUCUGGGGACUCCAAAUGAAGACCAAGAAAAAGAUUGGUGUUUCUUUUCUCUUCGCAGUCGGAGUUAUUGCUAUCGUGGCCGCGACCUUCCGUUUAGUUUUCUCGCUCCGGUUUUACACAUCCAAAGAUACUACUUACGCAUUCUCCGGGGUUUCUUUAUGGUGUCAUGCCGAGGUAACUUGCGGGUUUAUAGUAUUUUGCUGUCCAGUAGCUCCAAAGACUCUUAGUCAUCUUGAGCUCCAAAAACUGGCGUCGGGUCUGCGGUCCUGGGCAGGCAAUUCUGUUCGAAAACUUGUCUCCCCAGGGGCCUCGAGCAAAGGUUCUAUAAUUCGCGCGACUCACAAGCAAUUCGCGCCAGGAACCCCUCAAAAUAGCGACGAGUAUGAAAUGGACAUUACCGUAGUUCGGUUGAUACCUGCUGAGUACAUUGCCAAUGGACCCAACUAGUCAUUCAAAUAAGGCAACUUUUCGAUCGUUCGAACCAUUCAAUUCACCGUCAUCCAAGGUAAUGGGUUUGAGGUCAUAAUCGUCCGUCAAUAGCCCUGAAUUUUCAAUCGAGUGGGCGGGCUAAAGUCGAGAUAUAAGGGUGGGGUGGACUUCCACAUCUUUAUCAUAAUUAUGGUCCUUAAUUUUUAUAGAAAAAUAAAAUGAGACAGCGAAAAAGCAGGCUCUAUUACAACAUGGCAGAGGAAGAAGUGGGGGAACCACCUUCGAUGGUUGCGAUGAAUUUCGGGGUGUUCCUGUUCAAAAGAUAUGUGGGUCUUUGGCUGGAUGCGUUUUCUGGUCGAAGCUUAAUUUCUAUCCAAUCAAAUCUCUAGGAACUGCAAGGUACUUGUUUACCUAUUUAGGAAAGACUAACCUAAUUCGGACGUGUGGAUUCCUGUCACUUUGAUUUUGACAUAUUUCAUAAAGAAUGUGACGUCAUUGAAGAUUUAGUCUUAGAUAGCCAUAAGAAAAUACUGCUACUACAUUGA